UCAUUCGCCAGUCACUGGUUCGGAUCAGAAAGAAAGCUGAGAGAAACCAAAACAAAACAAAAAUAAAUUGAAAAAUUAAAAUCAAAAUUCGAUAAACAACUACAACAAAAAAUAAAACCCUAACAGUCCAAAACAAAAAGUUUCUUCUUACUUCAUUGCUUAUAGAACCAAAACACAGGGAGAGAGAGAGAGAGAGAGAGAGAGAGAGAGAGAGAGAGGUGAGAAGCGAGGAUCGGAUCGGCUGAAGCAGUUCCGAUUACAUAUCAAUGGCUUCUUAUGCGUCACGCAUCAUCAAUCAUUCCAAGAAGUUGAAGGAUGUUUCGACUUUACUGCGCCGGGAACAUGCUUCAACAGUUCGCUGUUUCUCUAACACUAAUCGAGCUCCUCUGAACAGAGAAGAUACUGUUAAUGCCCGUCUUGGUUAUUCCCCACUGGAGAGGAUUUCCAAAUGUAGCACCAAUACUGUACCAGUGUCCAGUUUUUCAACUGCGAGAACAAAUCUAAGCAGUGCAAUGGGAAGGCUAAUGUUUGGAAAAGAAUUUUCAUGUUCAAUGCAAUCAGCUAGAGGAUUUUCAUCAGGUUCAGAUCUGCCUCCUCAUCAAGAGAUCGGGAUGCCUUCUCUUUCGCCAACAAUGACUGAGGGUAACAUUGCCAGGUGGCUGAAAAAAGAAGGUGAUAAAGUUGCUCCUGGAGAAGUACUCUGUGAAGUUGAAACUGACAAAGCAACCGUCGAAAUGGAAUGCAUGGAAGAGGGCUAUCUCGCCAAGAUUGUAAAGGAGGAGGGUUCAAAAGAAAUUCAAGUCGGCGAGGUGAUUGCUAUUACAGUUGAAGAUGAAGAGGACAUUGGAAAGUUCAAAGAUUACACCCCAUCAUCUACUGCUGAUGCCGCUCCUACUAAAGCAGAACCAACUCCUACCCCACCAAAGGAAGAGAAGGUUGAACAGCCAUCAACGCCUCCUGAACCGAAGGCUUCCAAGCCUAGCGCACCUCCCACAGGAGAUCGUGUUUUUGCUAGUCCUCUUGCAAGAAAGUUGGCUGAAGAUAAUAAUGUGCCUCUUUCAAACAUUAAAGGCACAGGUCCUGAAGGACGGAUAGUGAAGGCAGAUAUCGAUGAAUACUUAGCUUCAGGUGGUAAAGGAGCUACUGCGAAGCCAUCUAAAUCUACUGAUUCUAAGGCUCCAGCUUUGGACUAUGUUGACAUCCCCCAUUCUCAGAUACGAAAGGUCACAGCCUCACGUUUGGCAUUCUCAAAGCAAACUAUCCCUCACUAUUACUUGACCGUCGAUACAUGUGUUGACAAACUUAUGGGUUUGAGGAGUCAGCUUAAUUCAUUCCAAGAAGCUUCUGGUGGGAAACGGAUAUCUGUUAAUGAUCUUGUUGUUAAGGCUGCUGCAUUAGCUCUCAGGAAAGUUCCUCAGUGCAAUAGUUCAUGGACUGAUGAUUACAUCCGCCAGUUUAAAAAUGUGAACAUCAACGUCGCAGUGCAGACAGAAAACGGGCUCUAUGUCCCUGUUGUGAAGGACGCAGACAAGAAGGGUCUGUCCACAAUUGGAGAAGAAGUUCGGUUAUUGGCUCAAAAAGCAAGAGAGAACAGCUUAAAGCCAGAAGAUUAUGAGGGAGGAACAUUUACGGUUUCUAACUUGGGUGGACCGUUUGGAGUCAAACAAUUCUGUGCAGUCGUUAAUCCACCACAAGCCGCAAUUCUAGCAAUUGGAUCCGCUGAAAAGAGAGUUGUCCCUGGUAACGGUCCAGAUCAAUUCAACUCUGCUGAUUACAUGCCUGUUACACUGAGCUGUGACCAUCGCGUAGUAGACGGUGCCAUUGGAGCUGAAUGGUUGAAGGCAUUUAAAGGAUACAUUGAGAACCCUGAAUCCAUGUUGCUUUAAAAAGAGAACCACACAGUGGAAAAAACACUUCAAAGCUCGUAAGGGUCUUUGAUCUCGCAUUUUGUCUGUACCAAUUAGAUUUCUUUGUUUCCAUACGUUGAAAAUCUCAGUUCUUUCAGAGUUUUUUAAAUGGGUUAAAAAGAUUUUUUGUUUCUCUGAAUAAAAAAUAUGGUUGGGAAUCAGCAUUUCUACUAUAAACUGGAUUUUGGGAUAUUCUUUGCUGGUUCUGGUUGUUGUUGAUGGAGGGAGGCAAAAUAAACCCCAUUAAUUUAUGUUGUUAAACUAACCCCAUAUAUGGGAUGGGUUUUGUAACCAUACUUGAUACAAGUAGAUUGUUUUGAGCGA